UCGAGGCAGCUCGGUAUCGUGGCUCGGCAUCGUUCAGUGUACAAUCAACGGUCAUGGAAUAAACAUCGGAUAUUGUGUACACGCGUUAUCUCUGGCCUCCCAGUUCGCUAACUCGACCCGUCUAAGAUCUAGACGCCCAAUUAGCUUAACGCGCGCCAACAUUGUUCAACAACAACGAAAAUUACUAAAAUAAUAAAGAAAAAACUAAAUAAACAGCAUAAGCUGAGACUAUUUAAGUUUUGUCGUUAAUCAAGUUCAUUUUUUUGUUUCAUUGUUAAUUUUUUUGUAGCUGUCGCCUAAUUGCUGAAAAUGUGGCUCACCGAUUGCGGCACGAUGACACGCUACAAACAGACCGAAUUUACGGAAGAUGAUUCAAGUUCAAUUGGAGGCAUACAGCUGAACGAGGCGACGGGACAUCCAGGCAUGCAGAUACGCUAUCACACAGCACGAGCGACAUGGAACUGGCGUUCACGGAACAAAACUGAAAAACUGCUUCUAAUUACCACAUUUGUGAUGGCCAUUGUGAUUCUCACGCUAUUUACUGUGCUGUGGUCCAAUGGAUCCAGUGAUAACACCAAGCAUGUGGUACAUGUCCAGCCGCACGAGAAGGACUGCUUGUCGGCCAAUAAGUUACCCUGUCUCAAUGAGCACUGCAUAUUUGCCUCAAGUGAGAUACUAAGAUCUAUAGAUAUCAGUGUAGAUCCGUGCGACGAUUUUUAUGGAUACGCGUGUAAUCAGUGGAUUAAGAAUAAUCCCAUACCUGAGGGAAAAUCCACAUGGGGCACCUUUGGGAAGCUGGAGCAGAUGAAUCAGCUGAUUAUACGGAAUGUAUUGGAUAAGCCUGCCAAAAGCUUCAAGUCGAAUGCGGAACGGAAGGCUAAAGUUUACUACGAGUCAUGCCUGGAUGUAGAUGAGCACAUGGAGAAACUGGGCGCCAAGCCAAUGAAUGAUCUGCUUACCAAGAUUGGUGGUUGGAAUGUGACGCAGAGUGGCUACAAUGUGACCAAAUGGAACCUGGGCAGCGCACUCAAGAUAUUGCACAACAAAUACAAUUUUAACUGCUUGUUCGGCUGGGCCAUUGGUGAGGACGACAAGAAUUCGACGCGUCAUGUCAUACAGAUUGAUCAAGGCGGACUAACUCUGCCCACUGCCGACUACUACAACAACAAUACGGACAUUCAUCGAAAGGUGCUCAGCGAGUAUAUCGAGUAUAUGACCAAGAUCUGUGUGCUGCUGGGUGCCAAUGAGACCGACGCACGUCCCCAAAUGGUGGAUGUUAUCAACUUUGAAAAGAAACUGGCGAAUAUUACUAUACCGAUGGAGGAUCGACGCAACGAGGAGGCCAUGUACCAUCCCAUGACACUUAAAGAACUCACCAAACAGGCCCCUUUCCUCAAUUGGACCGACCACUUUGACAAUGCCAUGCAAUUGGUCAACAGACGCGUCACCGAGGAUGAGGUGGUGGUUGUCUAUGCGCCUGAUUUUCUCAGUAACCUGUCUAAAAUAAUAAUGGACAUGCAGGAAACGAAAGAGGGAAAAAUCACUCUGAACAACUAUCUGACCUGGCAGGCAGUGCGCACGCUGACCAGCUGCUUGUCCAAGCCCUUCCGGGAUGCUUAUAAGGGCGUGCGUAAGGCGUUGAUGGGCUCCGAUGGCGGCGAGGAGGUGUGGCGCUACUGCGUCUCCGAUACGAACAAUGUGGUUGGCUUUGCAGUGGGUGCCAUAUUUGUACGCCAGGCAUUCCAUGGUGUCUCCAAGCCAGCGGCGGAGAAAAUGAUCGGCGAGAUACGCGAAGCCUUUAAACUUAAUUUACAGAAUCUCAGCUGGGUAGACAAGCAGACGCGUGAGCGCGCCAUUGAGAAGGCCAAUGAGAUUUCAGAUAUGAUUGGCUUUCCCGACUACAUACUUAAUUCCGAGGAGCUGGACAAGAAGUAUGCCGACCUCAAUAUCACGGCAGAUGCAUACUUUGAGAAUAACAUACAAGUUGCCAUAUACAAUCUGAAGAGCAAUCUAAAGAAACUUGAUCAGCCGGUGAACAAGACCAACUGGGGCAUGACCCCGCAAACGGUGAAUGCCUACUAUACGCCCACCAAAAAUCAAAUUGUUUUCCCCGCCGGCAUUUUGCAGACUCCGUUCUUUGACAUCAACAAUCCGAAAAGUCUCAACUUUGGCGCCAUGGGCGUUGUCAUGGGCCAUGAGUUAACACACGCCUUCGAUGAUCAGGGUCGGGAGUACGACAAGUUUGGAAAUAUCAAUCGCUGGUGGGAUGCCAAAAGCAUUGAGCGUUUCAACGAGAAAUCCGAGUGCAUAUCCCAACAGUACAGUUCGUUUAAGCUCAAUGGACGCAACUUAAACGGAAAACAAACACUAGGUGAGAAUAUAGCUGACAACGGUGGCCUGAAGGCGGCUUAUCAUGCAUAUAUGCGCACCAAGCCCGAAAAGGAUACCGAUAUCCUUAAGCUGCCGGGAUUGAAUUUAACACAUCCGCAGCUCUUCUUUGUCUCCUUCGCCCAGGUCUGGUGCUCCAGCACAACGGAUGAAACAAACCUCCUGCAAAUGGAGAAGGAUCCGCAUUCGCCAUCGCAAUUUCGCGUCAUUGGCACGUUGUCCAACAUGAAGGAAUUUGCUGAGGUUUUCCAAUGUAAGCCCGACAAGCGCAUGAAUCCGACUAAAAAAUGCGAAGUCUGGUAAACGAACACAGAUCUCAGGACGUCUCGUCUCGCAGCAUUCAAAAUAUCACCAAAUUUUAAGAAACUAAAAAAAAAAAAAAAA